CCCCCCCCAUAAGCCAGGACAGGGUAAAACAAGUCUUUGGAACUUAUGCAUUUUCCUAGAAUUAAAGAACUUCAAAACUAGAAGGAACCACCUACUGUACGGUAUAGCCCCUGCACAUCAAGGUUGAGAGGCCUGAAACCAAAAGCACUUGCUCAAGGUUACGCAAACAGGCUGUGGAUGGCAAAAGCUGGACUUGCCACACACCCACCCACCCACACAUAUAUGCACAUAAAGAAGACAUUGCAGUCUCAUGUGUUUUAGAGUAGGACUGUGCUCCACAGAGUUUCCAAUGGCUGUCAUCUUUCAGAAGUAGAUCACCAGGCCUUUCUUUCAAGGCAAUUCUGGGUGGAUUUGACCACCGACCUUUCGGUUACUAGCCGAACACUUAACUGUUUGCACCACCCUUCAGCAUGGUGGAUAAGAACUGCACGCUGUAGAAUGAGAUUGUCUGUUUUCAGGUUCCGGCUUUGCAGCUUAUUAACUGGCCUUCGGUGACUUCCCUGUGCUUCUGUAAAAUGGGGAUAAUAAUACUACUCAUACCACAAGGUUAUUGGGGAGGAUUAAAUGAGAUAACUUAUAUAAAGUGCCUGGUGUAGCACCGGAAACAUGUUGUUAAUUGCCGUCAAGUUAAUUCUGACUCAUGACAACCCUACAUGUACACAGUAGAACUACUCCAUGGAGUUUUCAAGGCUGUGACCUGUUGGAAGCAGAUUGCCAGGACUGUCUUUCGAGGCACCCCUGGGUGGGUUCGAACCACCAACCUUUCAGUUCGUAGUCAAGCGCUUAACUGUUUGCACUACCCGGGGAGUCCCACCUGAAACAUAGAAAACCCUUAAUAGUCAGCAGCUGUCAUUCUUCUACUAUGUUGUAUUGUAUCUAUAGGUACCUACAUUUAUCUCUCUUAUUACAUACUCAUUGGUCAUCUGACACAGAGCCUUAGGGAUUAAGGGCAACUUUGAACUACCCUGGCACAAUUAAAGCAAAGAUCGUGCCUGUGGGAGAAGUAGGGCAUCAGCCCUAUCUGCAGCUUCACGUCACAGACAGAGACUGUUGAAGGAGCCCAUCUCCUGACUCCUGAACUUUCCCACAGAGAGUCCAAGUAGAUGACCAGUGGAGCCUGGUAAUUUGCCCUGGGGAGACUGACUGUUUUUUGGAGUCAAUCUGACUUUUGUCCACAUUGGAGGAAGAUCUUCAGGGCUGGUGUUCCGAAUGCCAAGAUUCCCUCACUAAUUGGUACUACGAGAAGGACGGGAAGCUCUACUGCCACAAGGACUACUGGGGGAAGUUUGGGGAGUUCUGCCACGGGUGCUCCCUGCUGAUGACAGGGCCCGUCAUGGUGGCUGGUGAGUUCAAGUACCACCCAGAGUGCUUUGCCUGUAUGAGCUGCAAGGUGAUCAUCGAGGAUGGGGACGCAUAUGCACUGGUGCAGCACGCCACCCUCUACUGUGGGAAAUGCCACAACGAGUUGGUACUGGCACCCAUGUUUGAGAGGCUUUCCACGGAGUCCGUACAGGACCAGCUGCCCUACUCCGUCACGCUCAUCUCUAUGCCAGCCACCACUGAGGGCAGACGAGGCUUCUCCGUGUCCGUAGAGAGUGCCUGCUCCAACUACGCCACCACUGUGCAAGUAAAAGAGGUCAACCGGAUGCAUAUCAGUUCCAACAACCGCAAUGCCAUCCACCCUGGGGACCGCAUCCUGGAGAUCAAUGGGACUCCUGUCCGUACACUGCGAGUGGAGGAGGUAAAGGACAGGAUUAGCCAGACGAGCCAGACACUUCAGCUCUUAAUUGAGCAUGACCCCGUCUCCCUGCGCCUGGACCAGCUUCGGCUGGAUGCACGGCUCUCUCCCCACAUGCAGAACGCUGGCCACUUCCCCACCCUCAGCACCCUGGACACCAAGGAGAACCUGGAGGGGACGCUGAGGAGACGCUCCUUGAGGCGCAGUAACAGCAUCUCCAAGUCUCCUGGCCCCAGCUCCCCAAAGGAGCCCCUGCUGCUCAGCCGGGACAUCAGCCGCUCAGAAUCACUCCGCUGUUCCAGCAGCUACUCACAGCAGAUUUUCCGGCCAUGUGACCUCAUCCACGGGGAGGUCCUGGGGAAGGGCUUCUUCGGGCAGGCCAUCAAGGUGACACACAAAGCCACAGGCAAAGUGAUGGUCAUGAAGGAGUUGAUUCGGUGUGAUGAGGAGACACAGAAGACUUUUCUGACUGAGGUGAAGGUGAUGCGUAGCCUGGACCACCCCAAUGUGCUCAAGUUCAUUGGCGUGCUGUACAAGGACAAAAAGCUGAACCUGCUGACAGAGUACAUCGAGGGGGGCACGCUAAAGGACUUUCUGCGCAGUGUGGACCCGUUCCCCUGGCAGCAGAAGGUCAGGUUUGCCAAAGGCAUCGCCUCCGGAAUGGCCUACCUGCAUUCCAUGUGUAUCAUCCACCGGGACCUGAAUUCGCACAACUGCCUCAUCAAGCUGGACAAGACGGUGGUGGUGGCAGACUUCGGGCUGUCACGGCUCAUAGUGGAGGAGAGGAAAAAGCCCCCAGUGGAGAAGGCCGCCACCAAGAAACGCACUUUGCGCAAGAGUGACCGCAAGAAGCGCUACACAGUGGUGGGAAACCCCUACUGGAUGGCCCCAGAGAUGCUGAAUGGAAAGAGCUACGAUGAGACCGUGGACGUCUUCUCUUUUGGAAUCGUUCUCUGUGAGAUCAUUGGGCAGGUAUAUGCAGAUCCUGAUUGCCUGCCCCGCACACUGGACUUUGGCCUCAACGUGAAGCUUUUCUGGGAGAAGUUUGUCCCCACAGACUGUCCCCCAGCGUUUUUCCCCUUGGCCGCCAUCUGCUGCAAACUGGAGCCCGAGAGCAGACCAGCAUUCUCAAAACUGGAGGACUCCUUCGAGGCCCUGUCCUUGUACCUGGGGGAAUUGGGCAUCCCGCUGCCUGCAGAGUUGGAGGAGCUGGACCACACUGUGAGCAUGCAGUACGGCCUGACCCGAGACUCACCACCCUAGCCCUGGCCCAGCCCCCUGCAGGGGGGCGUUCCAUGGCCAGCAUUGCCCCCUCUGCGCCCCAUCCUGUGGCUUCCUGUGGAUUGGUGGCUUGUUUAGAAGCAGCACAAGCCAUUCCUACUACCUCCCCAGGAGGCGAGCGGGCGUAGCACCAGGGAAACACAUCUCCACAGGUUUUGGAGCCUGGUUACUGUUUCUAAACCCAAUACUCGCCUGAAAGCUGUGAAGAAGAAAAAAAAAAGCCUGACCAGGAGGAAUCUGUUACUUGGGACCACUUGGGAACUCCCUGGCAUUGGGUUUCCACCCCCAGAGACUCUGGAGGCUCUUGCCUAUGCCAAUCAGCAUAAGGUGGACCUGCUGGGCAGGAUUCUUGGGGGAGCCUGCCUGUGGGCUCUGAAGUCUCUAGUCAAGCUGGUGCACAAAGACUUCAAGUGGGUCUGUGGACCAUAGAGACUGGCAGCCAGGUGGCGCUCCAGGGGUGUGAAAUGGUAGUGGUGCUGUCCUGCCUCCCCUGGGACGGAGUUGGGCUUAGAAGAGUCUCUUAGUUGGUUUGUGCUGGAACUGGCCAAGAGUUAGGGGAAGGACUGGUUUCUGUUCACUUCCCCGGGGCUGCUCUGGCCAGCCCAGGGACCACAUUGAUGUGAGGGGAGCUUCCACCUCAUCUUCUCAAACUGCAGUACUGGAGACUGGCUGGGACCUUCUGGGCGAGGGUCCUUUCUGCCUGUAACAAGCAGUCACCCAUAAGUGCAGGAAAGAAAGAGGCUCUGCCCUCUGAAACACCCAUAUCCUGGCUACUGUCACACAUACCCUAGCGGGCUGCUCAGCUGUAGCCCAGAAGCUUCUUCUCACCAGAUUUGCAGACAUUUUGCCUAAAGCUAGAUGGUCCCUGGAGGACAGAGUAGCUUGUUACAGGCCGAGGAUCUCAGACGGGGAAGUGGGAGGAGACAGCAUUCUCUUGGCCUUGUGGCAGCCACUACUCACCCUUCCACAUCCCUGGUCCAGGCAACAUGUGGGGCUAGGAAGAGGUGAUGGCAGAGCCUCAGAACUGAGACUCUGAGGGACACAGCUCCCUGAGCUGGGCCAGCUGGCUUCUACCUCCCUUGUUGCUUGGCCCAGUUCACUAGUUGCUGGCCACAGCCCCCUGAGCCACAGCCUUGGGCACUGGACAGCCCUUGGGGCACCCUCUACCUUGGCUUCCAGAGCUCCAGGGGCUCUUCAGCACAACUAGAUUUGCCUCUUUAAGUGUCUGUGAGCUUGCACCAUAUUUAACAAAUUGGAAAUGGGAUUGGGGUAUUAAUGCAAUGUGUGGUGGUUUAUUUUUUGGGGGGUGGGGAUGGGAGUGAUACAGGAGAGUGGUUGCUGUUAAUAGUAUCUUCAUCUUAUUCUGUCAGUUGGGUGAUACGUGAAAUGUUGUAAAUAGACCUGAUGAGUUCUGGGAUCAGAUGUCAUCUCUGGCCAGAGUUUACUUUCUAUCUAUACCGUACAUAGGUGUAGAGUUUGCACGCUUGCUGUGGGGUUGAGCCCUGGGCUUCCAGUAGCAGCAAGGUUUAGCAUUGUGUGGCUGGUUGUGCCUCAGCUGUCCCCAGCAAGUGUGGGAGUGGUGGGUGAGCUAAAUUUAUUUAUCAGACUAAAUAAAUUAAGCAGUUAAUAUAACUGAUGAUACUGAGGUGAAAAAAGUGACUUGGGGCCUGGCUCAGGAAGAUAAAUGUGAGUCUGUUGUCCUGUGUCUGUGCCAGGAAGUGCAGAGCCUCCCCUGGGCUUUCUAGAGGAACACUGCUGGCUGCCUUCACCCCAGACCACAGAACUCCCCAUUCUGAUGCUCUCCAAGUCCCAUCCUCUUUCCUUGGAUUCAGACACUAACUUGGUCCAGAGAGCACACACAUCCUACCUAAGGCAGCCCAUUCCUGGAAGCAAGUCUGACUGACCCAUCAAAGUCUCACAGAGCCUGACUCCCACCUGCUCGCUGAGUGGGACGUUCAGGCCCUGCUUCCCCCAAAUCCCCUAACAUACAUACACUUCUCCAGCCUCGAUGUCCUAGUGUCCUCUCCGCAGGGCUAGGUAACACUUUCAUGUUGUUAAUUGCCUUUGAGUUGGUUCUGACUCUGUGACCCCAUGUACAACAGAACAAAAUGUUGCCUUAUCCUGUGCCAUCUUCACAAUCAUUGUUAUGCUGGAGUAAACUGUUGUGGCC